AUGUUAAAAGAAAUGUUUCAACAAUUAAACAAUUUUAACGGAAAAGUUAUUGCAAUGAAAUCAUUUUUUUUGACAAAUUCAGAUCGUAAUACAGCACUUUCAUGUAUAUCAAAUAUAAGUUUAUCUAAUGAAUAUCAACGUAUAUUAUUCAUAAUUGAAGCUAAUCCACAAAUUGAAAAUGUUAAACUAUUUGCUAAAAUUAGUUCAUUAAUUAAUAACAAAGAUUCAAAUGAUGUACUCUUUAUGAUUGGAUCUCUUUUUAAAAUUACUGAAAUUCAAAAUGAACAAGAUGGUAUAAUAAAUAUUAAAAUGUCAUUAUGUGGAAAUGACAGUGAGAAUGCAUCAAAAGCAAUGUUUGAUCAAUUAAAAUAUAAAUAUAUGGAUAGUAAUCAAGAAAUAGGUGCUAUUGGAUUUGGUCAAUUACUAUUUGAAAUUGGUCAUUCAAUACUUAAUGCAAGUAUAUCUGACAGAGGUGAAAAAUAUAUUGAUUCUUAUGCUAAUAAAUUACCAAAUGAUGAUCCAGAUCGUCUUCGUUGUUAUGAUGCAUUAGGAAGUCUAGAUUUAUUGACAGGUAAUUUCGAGUCAAGUCUCAAUUGGUUUAAAAAAUCAUUCGAUAUAAAAAAAGAAAAAUUACAACCAAAUGAUCCAAAUCUUAUUGAAAGUUAUCAAAAUAUGGCAUUAGUUUAUUUAAAUAAAAAAGAUUUUACACAAGCACUCAAUUAUUUCAUGCAACUUGUAACAAUUUUAAAGCAAUUAUAUGGUGAUAAUUAUUUUAAUCUUACAGUUUGUUAUACUCAAAUAGCUAAUAUUCAUGAAAAUGAACAAAGAUUCUCGGAAGCACUUUCAUAUUAUCAUCAAGCUUUGGCUAUUAUGGCAAAAUAUAGCUACGAUGAUGCACAGAAUUUUGCUAUAAUAUACAAUAAUCUUGGUAAAGUAUAUACUCUCUUCGGAAAUUAUCAUCUUGCAUUGGGAUUUUACAAAACAUCACUUGAAAUGAAAUUAAAAUAUCUUUCACCUGUACACCCAUCAAUAGCAAUAACAUAUAAAAAUAUUGGACUUGUUUAUGGAUCUAUGAAUGAUGUUCAACAAACACGAGAAAAUCUCGAAAAAGCACUGGAUAUUUAUCGUCAAUUAUAUACACCUGAUGUCUCGUGUGUUACAGAAAUUGAAGAAAUUAUUCAAAAUUUAUCAACUUCGUCUACAUAA